AUGCAAAUCGAUGAACUGCGGCAUGCCUUGGAUGGAUACAAGGCCAAAAGCUGUGGAAUAAAGACGCAAGUUCUGGACCUGAAGGCAUCCGACUUGGAGACAUGUCGGCCGUUGAGCGCAGAGAAUUGCAUCGAAUUUGUCGACACGUUGGAUGCUCUUCAACGCUGCAGCCAUGUCCUGUCCAGAAGCUCCGUCGUUGGUGUGGAUGUUGAGCGACACUGGCUACAAUCCUACAAAGGUUAUGUAUGUUUGAUCCAAGUCUCCACCGCAAAGGCCGGUGGCAAGGCCUUCCUGGUGGACAGCCUCUGCUUCUCGCAUGAGCAGGUGGGCACCUCUGAGCUCAGAAGUGUCUUGGAAAACCCCAGCAUUUUAAAGGUCUUCCACGCAGCAGCCAACGACAUUUCGUGGUUGCGCGAGGAGUUCUCGAUUGACCUCAGGUGCACGCUCGACACUCAGGCUUUGGCCCACUGUCUUGGCUGUCCCAUCCAAAAAUUGACGGAUCAAUGGUCCGCAUUUUGCAACGUGCAUGCGUCGGCGGAUCUUAAGUCGCGACUGCAAUGCUCUGACUGGCGGCGGCGCCCGCUUGCGCCUGUACAGGUGGUCUACGCUGCAGCCGAUUCAUACUGCCUGCUGCGUAUAGCAUCCUUCUUGCUUCGUGUGGCAGCGCUUCGAUGCCCGUCAGACUUUGAGAACACCUGGGUGUACCGGAACAGCCGCAGCUACAGCAAGCGUAGCAGCCAGCCAGCAUUAGACAGCAUUGGAUGCAGCAUCGAAAGUCCGAGAGAGCAGUGUCUCGGAAUCUGCGAAUUAGUGCAGCAUGUCGUGCUCUUGUCCUCCCAUGCCUACACGCUCCGUGAACGCUUCUCGCGCUACUUAUGCAGCCCUCUCUUGCGACUUCUACACCCUUGCUGGAACGCUGUCGUGACAUGGCCGCGACAUGAGUUUGCAAACCACGGUGCAGGAAGGCCGAGGGUUAGAAAGUUUUGUGUUUCGCUCCGGUGA